AAACAGUAUCUACGUUGAAGUGAAAGAACAACGGGGUGGAUUAGAACUACAAAAAAUAAACUCUUAAAAGAUAAAAAAAGCUAGAAUGCACAGAUUUAAACCUUCCAAGUACAAGAAUGCUACACCCAAAGUUCCAAAGAGGGGGGAGGGUUGGGUUCUUGAUCUGACUGUUGGUUCACCACAAUCUUUUGGCAACCACAUCAAAUCCAGUGCUGCAUUUAUGGCAUUUAAUAUUGAUUCAGGAGGAGGAAGUGGCUUGGGGGUGUUACCUUUAAAUGAUCAUGGUCGAAUGAGAGGAAGUCUUCCAACUUUACAUGCUCAUGCAGGGCUUGUAACAGAUUUUGAUUUCUCACCAUUUGAUGAUGCUAUUCUUGCCACAGCAUCUGAAGACUGCCAUGUAAAGGUUUGGAGAAUCCCCUGUGAUGGGCUAUCUACCUCAGUACCUUGUAAUCCUGAAAUAAUGUUGGACCCAUUUGACCAUCGUGUUGAAGUUGUUCUCUUUCAUCCUACAGUUGACUGCCUUCUGACAAUGUCAGUUGAUAAAACAGUCAGAAUUUGGGAUAUCAGCAAGAAUACAGAAAUCUAUGCCAACACAGAUCAUGACAACUUGGUUCAGAGUCUACACUGGAAGGGAGAUGGAAGUUUGUUGGUAAGCUCGGCAAGAGACAAGAAACUUCGAAUUUUGGAUCCUAGAACUAAAGUAGUCACCCAAGAAACCAAAAGUCACUCCAACAACAGGGAUUCAAGGGUUUUGUGGCUUGGAAAUAGUGACCAAGUACUAUCUACAGGUUUUGGUAGUGCUCGAGAACGAGAAGUAAUGCUGCGAGAUGUAAGAAAUUUUAGUAACCCGGUUGCAUCAUACUCUGGGGAAUCUUCACUAGGUGUCCUCAUCCCACUUUUUGACCCAGAUACAAACAUGCUUUUCUUGACUGCUAAGGCCGACACAUGUUUGAUGUUCUGGGAGAUCAACAACAAGGAACCAUACUUCAAUGAAGGUAUCAGAUAUGUUGGUGAUGUCCAAACCAAAGGAGCAGCACUUGUGCCCAAAAGAGCUUUAGAAGUUAUGCAGGCAGAAGUCAAUCGAGUCUUGCUUCUUGGUCCUGACUGUGUUGUUCCUGUUAGCUUUCAAGUUCCUCGAAAAUCUUACAGAGAUUAUCAUGAAGAGUUGUUUCCAGAUACUGCAGGAACUGAGCCAAGCCUAACCCUUGAUGAAUGGAUGAUGGGAAGUAAUGACAUGGUCUCAAAGAUAAGCUUAAAUCCAAGAAAAUGGCCAAAUAAUGGUUUACUGAAGUUUAAUCAUGUACUGGGGUCAGGACCCACUAAAACUAUUCUGUCUAAGAUGGAUGAAGAUUUAGAAUCACAGGAUCCAGAAUUUAUUGAGAAAAAAGAAAAAUCUUCAAAAACAUCACUUCAGAAGCCAUCUGUUCUUAAGAAGCCUCUUCUAGCACCUAAGCCUGCUCUUUUGCCUUCUUCUUUGAAUGGGGCUCAAAAUUUAGUGACAAAUAUCAGUAGUAAUAUUCAUUUCAAUGCUGAAAAGGCACAAAUGAACAACAAUAACAAUCAGAUAUCACGAGAGCCCCACCAGAACCAAAUGACAACAGGACAACCUCAAAAUGAGAUAUCAACAGAACCUAACCAGCAUGAGAGGCCAAGGCCAGGUAGAAAAUUUGCUGUAAGAGUCUCAAAAUUUCGGCACUUGAAUGGAACUAUUCAUCCCAAAGAAACUCACAUUACCAACCUUACUAACAUGAGCAAGAGCAUACCAGGUGAAAGCAAUGGAUUUGAUGCUAAUAUUGAACGUGUUGCCGUUCCAUUAGGAGGCUGUGGAGGAAACAUUGCUGUGUUUGAAUUAGCUAACAGAGGACGACUUCAAGCUGGGCUCAUUCCCAGUUUGAUGUGUGGAAGUGGACUCAUGGACUUUUCUUGGGAUCCAUUCGAUCACCAUAGACUUGUAACAGGCUGUGAAGAUGGCCAUGUUCAAAUAUGGACUAUUCCUGAUGGUGGAGUCCAAGAGAGUAUGUCGGAGCCAGCUGAACAUUUCCAAGCCCAUUCCGAGAAAAUUUACUCGGUUCACUUUAACCCUUGUGCCAAAGAUGUGUUGGUCACGGCUAGUCAAGAUCUGUCUGUCAAAAUAUGGGACUUGGUCACAAAAGAGGAGAAAAUCAAGUUAGAAGGACACCAGGAUCAGAUUUUCAGUUUAGCAUGGAGCCCAGAUGGUUGUUUAUUAGCUACGGUGGCCAAGGACAAAAAGAUCAGAAUAUAUGACCCUAGAAACUCUUCAUUACCCAUUCGGGAAGGACCAGGUCCAGAAGGAAGUCGAGGUGCCAGAGUAGUCUGGACAUUAGGUGGAUCACACCUGGUCAUGUCUGGAUUUAGCAAGAUUUCUGAAAGACAGAUCAGUGUUUAUGACAGUACUGACCUUUCGUCACCACUAACUACAGAAGGAAUAGAUGUCAGUCCAGCAAUACUCAUUCCAUUUUAUGAUGAAAAUAGUUCAUCUCUUUUUUUAAGUGGAAGAGGUGAUUCCACUGUGUUUGUAUUCGAGGUGUCUGCAAGCUCACCUUACCUCUAUCCAUUAUCACACUAUAAGUGUCCGGGACCUCAUCAAGCCAUUGUAUAUUUUCCAAAGUGUGUAUGUAACAUCGCAGAUGUAGAGUUUGCCAGGGCUUUAAGACUGACAAAGACCAGCAUUGAACCAUUGUCUUUCACUGUACCACGCCUCAGAUCAGAGUAUUUUCAAGAUGACCUCUUCCCAGAUGUUCGUGUAACAUGGGAACCAACUGUGUCUAGUCAUAUGUGGUUUGAUAAGAAGAAUGGAGAACAGAAGUGGAUCAGUCUUAAACCAGAAGGCAUGACACCAUUGUCUGAAGCUGUAGAGUCCAAACCUCCCAAAUUGACACAUACUGAAGAAGAACCAAUGUUAGUGUUUGAAGGAGAGUUAAUACUAGAAGGUUCACUGGCAUUUAUGCAAGGAGGAAAGGAAAAGGAAGAAAGGAUAGUAAGUGCUAUGAAAGAAAAGAUGAAUUUUGAAGAUAAUGCCCUACCCCAAGACAACUUUGAGGGUGUGGAUCCUGAGGAAUGGGAGGAAGAUAAGUGAAACUAAAGAUUUCUCCAUGAAGUUAAAGCUGAUUUUCUUCACAUUUCCAUAUUCUGUAAAUUUCAUAGGUAGUAGAUUUUGAAUAAGAUAUAGGGAUGAAAAUUCAAAUGGCUGAUAUUGGUGUUAAUUUUUUGUAUUAAAAAACAUAUAUAUAUACGUGUCUGGUUUAUAUGUAAGUUGGUAUUUCCAACAAUUGUAAAAUCAUGUAGGGAAAACAUUUCAGAACUUUCAAUGUAUAUUGAAUUAUUUUCACUGUGGGCGGUAUAUCUGUGAUAAAACAGUGAAGUGGUAAAACUUGACUCAGAUUUAAAAUGAUGGUUCAUACAUUUUAGAUCCAUGAUUAUUUCUGUAGCAGUUCAUCUCUGAAUAUUAGCAUAAAUUGUUUGUAACUUAAAUUAUUGGGGUGCUAUAAUUUUCUUUUAUUUGAGACAAACACAAAAGGUGUCAUUUUUCUUUUUGACUUUUUUUCUCUCCGAGAGAUUGAAAUAAAAUAUUAUCGUACUAAUAGAGUUUAUAAGUCAUGUAUGGAAUAAAUUAAAAUGUAAUUUUUAUAUUGUAGUAUCAGUUGGAGAAAUUGAUUUAUUUUGUUUCAAAUAAUAGUAGCAUAAAUGUCACAUAUCAAAGUUUCAAAUUGUUAAUAUUGUUCAAACUGGAUCAUCAAAUAACUUUCCAAGUAAUAGAUGUCUUUCAGAAUGGCAAUUACAUUGUCAAAAGCUACAAAGUAUUAAAACAAAUUACACUUCAAAAAUGUUGCUUUCAAGUGCCACUUUCCAAACUGUAUAAAUAUAAUACAUUAUAAAGUAUUUCACUUUCCUUGUAGUGUUUUAACUGCAUUAAGUGCCCUGGUAAAGAACUUUCAUUUAAAGUUUAUCUUAUCUUCCUAUUCAUUAAUGUAACUAUAUGUGUUAAAAGAGUUAAAUAUAAUAAAAGAGUAAUAUAAUAAUGCAUUGUCAUUAUCAGUUGUUUGUUUUUUAUAAUUGCAUAAGUUUGUUAAAUAUUUUCUUAUACUCUUUAUUUUGUGAUUGUGUUUAAAACCAAAUAGAUUGAAUAAAUUAUGAGAUGAAUUAUUUGCUUCUGCUUUCAGUGAUACUAUGAAACUAUUUUGACCAUCAAAGUUACAACAUGAUAAAGGUUCAUCUAGAAAAUAAUCAAUUUGCACAAAUGAAACAUGAUACUAAUUGUUUGUUAGUUUGAGACAAAAUAUUUAACAUGUGGUUAUAGCAAAUAUCAAAUUAUGUGAGAGAAACUGGGAGACUUUUCAGAUAUUUGUAUUGAAUCAUGUGAGAGAAACUGGGAGAGUUUUCAGAUAUUUGUAUUGAAUCAUGUGAGAGAAACUGGGAGAGUUUUCAGAUAUUUGUAUUGAAUCAUGUGAGAGAAACUAGGAAAAGUCUUAGAUCUUUGUUGCUCAGGUAUAUGCAUUAUCAGUCAUAAAAGAAAAAAAAAGGGCUACUUGUAUUUUAAAAAAUCAUUUGACAUGCAACCAUGUUCAAUUUGGGUGAUGAAUUUCAGGUAAUUAAUAACUAGCUAUAUUUGAUUAAUAACUCAUAAUUUGUUUGCCAGGAUUUUGAAAUAUAAUUAUUAUAAUAAUUAGUAGUAUUUUCAAUAAUGUUUUUAUGCAGUGUAUUACUAAAUUACACAUCAUUAUAUACAGACUUAAUGUUUAAGUGAAAAAGAGCAUCAGAAACUUAUACUAUAUUUACUUAUUCUAUGGAAAGCAAACUAUAUUUUUCAAUUUUCCCUUAAUUCUCUGAUAUAUAUAUAUCUAUAUAUAUAUUGUAGCUAUGCAACUUCAGGCAUCUGACAUCCUAAAACAAUUGUAUGUUUACACAUGAUUAAAGUUCCAAAAUUUGGUAACCAUGACAUUCUCUGGUUUAAAUGGGAAAAAGAAAUUAUGCUUCAAAAUUCAUCUGUCAUUCUCUUCUCUUACCUCUGUUUUUCUAUGUACUUGUACACAAUCACAUUCUCUGUGUGUUCACCUUUACAUAUGUGGUACACUAGAUUGGACAACUAGUAAAGCCAUUUGUUAUUCUAUUUUGCAUUAUUGAAAAUGGUGCAUAAAAGUAAACUGAGGCCUCUUGUGUGUAAAGCAAAAUAGUAUUGGUUUAUAAAUACACAUUUUGUUUUGUAUAAAUACAUUCUUUCUACAGAUAUUAUGUUCCAUUGUAAUUACAGUGUGCAAUGUAUGUAAUUACCUUAACAUAUAUUUAUAUUAAUUGCUACUAAAUAAUAUUUUUUUUUAUGUAAAUAUCAAAUAUAUCAAGGGAACAUAAUUAUUCUUGUAGUGUGCAUGCAUAUUUAUUUUACACUUUAUUUGGUCUACAGUUGAAGUGUAAAAACCUAUACAAUUUACACAAGGUAUGCUACAGGUAGAAACUGAAAGUAAAACAUUGUGCUUUUUUAUAACUAUUCAUUAAUUAAAAAACUGAAAUUCCAAAAAUGAUUUGCAUUUAAAGUGUUUUUACACACCAGUUUAAUUCUUACACAAAAUUCCAUUACACAUCUUAAAACUAAUAAAUUAGUACUAGUGAAAUAUUUCAUAGGCUAUUACUGUCUUUAUUAACUUUAAUGUGUUAAAAUAUUUAAAGUUUCUUUUUAGAACAAACUUAUUUCUGAAAUUUUUUUUCAUGUUAAGCAAUAGUUGCUUUUUUUUUCUAUUUUAGGAAUGUCUGUAAAUUUUUCUCUUAGAUUUAAGUAUGGAUAUAAAACAAAAUUCACAGUUUUUGCCUGAGGAGAUUUUUUAAAUUUAAAAGUAUACGUGAUUUUUUUCUUACCCUCUGAAAUUUCUAUAAGGAGUCUUGUAGCUUAGUUAAGGAUAAGUUUUUAUUGAUAGAACUGAUGGCUUAUACUUGACUUUUGCAUAUUUGUUAUGAAAUUCAUAUUUAUAUUUUGAUGAGCAAUAGAAUUUAACCAUCUUAUUACCAACAUUAGUAUAUUGUGUAACCACAUGUAAUGUUUCAUAGUAAAAAAAAGGUACCAGGAAACAGUUUUAUAAUCACUUAUAAGAAAUCGUGAUUCAUUUACCUUCUAUAAAACCCCUGUAGAUAAUUUAAUAUGAGAACAAAUUUUACCCAUGUUCAUUAUAGGGAGUUGUUUGAUAUCUUGGUUUUAGAAAGGUUAAUUUGAUGCAUUUGGCUGUGAUUUGUUUCUCUCGAUUACAAUUAGAUAAUUCAGAAUUAAUAGUAGAAAAUCAUUUUACUGAUUAAAAAAUUAUUUCAUAAUUUGAAAGUUUAAAAGGCUAUUCCAAAGUGUUUGUUUGCUGUCUUUUGAGUGUGUGUCACAUUUCACCAUUUUAAAUGUAUUUUUUUCUAGGUAGUAUCUUCUAAAGAGUUGAAAGGAUUUUCAGAACAAAAUAGAAUGCUAGUUGUGUGUAACAACCUAAAACUAAAUAUGUACUGAACUACUUGUAUUGGUGAAUAGUUGAUGCAUAUCAUCACUAUCACAAAUAAAAAUUGAUAUUUAGCAAAUUUACUCUAAAAAUAAAAAUAGCAUUUCAGUUGCGCACCAAAUAAAAUUUACUAACGAUGUAAAAGUUAAAACUAGUUACAUUAAUAAUAUGUAGGAAAUAAAAGUAUACAAAGCAUAGUGAGGUAUUGAAAGUUUUUAAGCCAAACUAAUGUUACAAAGUAUUCAAAUGUAAGGCUGUGCUUAUCCUGUAUGGUUUACUAUUAAUGAAUUUGUCAAGCCAUUUUUCUCAUUGGAAUGGACAAGUGUUGCUGAAUUAACAAGCUAGAUUAUCACAUCUGAUAGAACUGCCUAUUAUAGUGAGAGGUGUUGAACGUGUAGAUUCAAAUCACUUGGCAGAAUUUUUUAUCUCUACAGUGAAACAUCUGAAUUGGUAGAAGUAUUUUAAGGUGUAAUUUUUCUGGUGUGAUUAAACUGUUUUAAGUAUUCAUAACUUAAGUAUAAAAAAAAAUGAUGCCAUAUACAUUACGCAUUAUAUCAACAUUAUGUUUUGGAGUUUGAGAACACUUCAUUAUAAAGAUUUUACAACAUUCUAAUUAUUACAAGAAAAUAAUUGUUUUUGAUAAACCUGUUUUAGCCAAUAAAGCCAAAGUUUUUUGAAAA